AUGAGGUAUAGUAAAGGAGAUAUUGUGUUAGGAGGGGAGUUUCUCAAGUACAUGGAGGCCUUCAAACCUUUUCUGAAUAUUGGUUUAAAAAAUUAUGCUGAAUAUCAGGUCUGUUUAGCUGCAGUGGGCCUAGUGGGUGACCUAUGCCGGGCUUUGCAAUCCAACAUUCUGCCCUUUUGUGAUGAGGUUAUGCAGCUUCUUUUAGAAAAUUUGGGGAAUGAAAAUGUACAUCGAUCUGUUAAACCGCAAAUUCUCUCAGUGUUUGGUGAUAUUGCUCUUGCAAUUGGAGGAGAAUUUAAAAAAUACUUAGACGUUGUACUGAAUACUCUACAGCAAGCUUCUCAAGCCCAUGUUGAUAAGUCUGAUUAUGACAUGGUAGAGUACUUGAAUGAAUUGCGAGAAACCUGUCUGGAAGCAUACACAGGCAUUGUUCAAGGUCUGAAAGGAGAUCAAGAAAAUGUACAUCCGGAUGUGAUGCUGGUGCAGCCUAGAGUAGAAUUCAUCUUGUCUUUCAUUGACCACAUUGCUGCCGACGAAGAUCAUAGUGAUGGAGUUGUAGCCUGUGCAGCAGGACUGAUAGGGGAUCUGUGCACAGCAUUUGGGAAAGAUGUCCUCAAGAUGGUAGAAGCUAGGCCCAUGAUACAUGAAUUACUAACUGAAGGAAGGAGAUCAAAGACGAACAAAACAAAAACCCUUUCUACCUGGGCCACUAAAGAGUUGAGAAAACUGAAGAAUCAAGCUUGAUCUGUUACCAUUGGGAUGACACCUGAGACCCCCACUGGAAUUCUCCAAUCUAUUGAGGAAAAAAACCCAACCCGAAGUGAGGAGUGUGCACGGAUGCUGAGUGUUUGGGAAUGAGAGGAUGAGUGAGUGAGAGGCUUAAACACACCACGGUGAAAAUCCAGCCACGGCAAAUGGCAGAACCGCUGUUAAUGGAGCUAAUCACUGACUUGCGUAGCAACAAAACCUUGUCAUCGCUUGCCUCCAGGAAGUAGAAAAUGAUUGAGUUCUAUACUUCAGUACAGUCUCUUCUGACAAGAGACAAGGACUAAUUCUCUGCCUUGUGGACAGUGAAGAGGAAGCUUACUUAAUCUAGGACAGAGAAAAGCUAGCUUCAGGUUCAAUUUGAGUACUCAUAUAAUAAGGUCUGGCUUUCGUUGCUAGAGAGGAGAAGGUGGGGUCCCCAGCUCAUGACCUUUUAACCAUUUUUGGGAGGGAAAAGCCGCACAACGCUGUCAGUGCACGAGAUAAAUAGGAAGGGUGAAGGAUUUUCUUCCAAGAGUGAGUGUGUGUGAAUGAGGCAGUAUCUACAUUCUCAAUUGCAGUUAAUCUUUCCCAAAAGAAACACUGAAGAGAUUAGCAGUUGCAUUUCAUAAACUAACAAGUUCAGUCUACUUGAAGUGGCAGAAAAGUAAGAGAUUUGAAAGGGGAGGGGGGGAAGAGAAGUUGCCCCGUGUAGGGCUUCUUUAGGUAAUUUUAGCUGGGAUGUUCAAAGCUCCCAUCGUGACACUUUUUCACAAUCUUGUUUAAUUAAAAAGCGCCUUUCCUUCCUGAAUUUUGUUCAACUGUGAAUGUAGAAACCCAGGGUUGGGUGGGGUGGGAGGAGGGUAGAGUAUCCAGAAGACUCUCAAAUGUUAGUGGAGAGAUUAGGAUCAGUUUUUCCAAAUGAGAUAUGAAGCUUCUAAACAAAACAUAAUUUUGCUUUGAAUUGGUAAUAAUAAAAACAACCAAAAGGAACAAAACCCCUUUCGUUGUGAACAAAAUAGCCCGAACCACACAUAAUUGUGCCAAAGAAUUUUUAAAAAGUCUAUAAACAAACAAACGAAACCUUUCAGGAAAUAUUCGAUUGAAAAAAAGUUGAAAUAAAAUGUUCAAACAAAGAAAAAGAUAAAAGUACAAUUUGGAAACCGCUUGGCCUAUUUGUUCUCUUUAUUUGGUUCUGAUAUGGGGUUAGUCUUGCUGCACUUCAAAAAAGGAAAAAUUUAUAUAAAUAUAUAUAAAUAUAUAUAUACUGACUUGAGCUUACACAGGAUGGCACUUGUAAAAGGUUAUAUUUUUCCACUGCAGUUGAAGAUUAAUAAAAUGGUGUCAAACAUUCCCCCAGUACUAUUUUUUCUAUUACUCUUUCCAGUAGCAGGAAAUCCUCUCCCCCCUCCAAAAAAGCAAUUGGGCAGCUGUAUACUAUUAUCUAUACUAUCUGUUAAAAACCUAUAGUUUCAAAUAUUUUAAAAAACAUUUACGUUGCAUUAUAACAAAUGGACAGAGACAACUGUCCAGAUAUUAAGAAUCCCUAAAAGCAGAGGGAAUGAGACACACCAGCUUCUAACUAUGCAGCAAUUGAUGCUUAGGGGCUUUUAAAAGAUGGGUGCUUUUCAUGCUUGCCUUGUAAAAUAGGUAAUCUCAUCCUUUCAACAAGCAUUAAACUUUUUUUUUUUAAAAAAAACAACAACCCUCACUUCCCUUUGCUGUCUCUGUACGUUCUCAGGCUCAUCUUGGGAUUCUCUUUGGUUGCCCAUCCUCAUUGGAAAGCAAACAAGCCAGUUUCUUAUACAGGGUAUCUGAUGUUGUGCCUUUCAGUGCCAGGUUCAGAAUUGUAGCCCCAAAUGCUAAUUUCUUGAACCAGUGUACAAAACAAAAACAAAAUAUAAGACCAAGUGGUUCAGCAGAAAGUUCCAGCAUGAGUCUGAAAGAGGGGCUUUUAUGGACUUGGGUCCACCUUUUUCUUAAUGCCUUUUUUUCUUUGGGAUAGUUUUAUUUGAAAGAUGCCCAAAACGAAAGCCAUUCCUAAACUGGGGAAGGAGUGCGUGAAGGGAAAUUCUCAUCAUUCCUCAGUGCUACUGAACUCUGUCCAGUGUUGGCUAUCUAGCUGUAGGCUGCAGGCAAAUAAAGUACACUGAGUUAGUAGUGGAAACCAAAAACGUGUGUCUUACUUUUUUUUUCCUCUUGGCAUUCAGUGCUUAUUUCUGAAAAUGGUGAAAAUCUAUGCUGAAGCAAACUUCUAUUUUUAAUUUUUACCUGAGCUUAUGCAUCCUAUGUGUAUUCACUGUGUGCUUGGGGAAGGGGGAGACUACCCUGUACCUGUGCUUCAAGGAGGACUCGCAUUAAUGAGUAUUUUAUGAAUUAUGUUACCACAUCAGAUGUGUACACUUAUACAUGAACAAAUUGUUCCUACAUUUGGAGGAAGGUACAUGGCAUCUCUGAGAAGCUUUAGAAUUAAUAGAAUGUAUUUUGGAGCAUACCAUUGUGGCCGUUACUGUGUGACUUACUUUAGCUUGGAUAGAAAGUUUAAAGUUCUCGGAAUUGGGGAGAUACUGCUAUAGUCUGUCCACAAUUUGCUAUCAAAUUGAAAUUGUUGAGAGGAAGGAAAAAACGGUAAAUAUACAGAGAAAUGUUACUUGUAUAUAAUUUCAAAUGUUGCAUGUUUUGCCCUCACUUUGAAGUGUGGCCUUUAGCCAGAAUUGUUCCUAGUGAAUAGGUAUGUAUUCCAGGUUCUCUUGGAUGGGAUUUUGCAUAUCCUCUAAAAUUCUCCUUAUUCUGACGCCAAUUAUCUGUGAAUUAUGGUCUGUCAGAUACUUUAAAAUUAUAUGUUGAGCUCCUUAUGAAUGCAUAUGACUCAUAAGUCACAUGUUGAAUCUGACUCAACAUCUGUGAGGUAAUAUAACCAUAUGCCUCUUUCAAAUUCUAUAUUGUCAGAGACUUUCAAAGAUGUGAAUUUCCAGAUGUGUUGCUAUUUAAUAAAGAGUGUUGGAAGGAGAAAAGAAAAAACUACUUGGGAGAUAUUUAAAUUUAGCUGUUCUAUGUUCUGCAAUUUGUGGCCACCUGGAACAUAAAUUAUUUUCUCAACAAGUUUCCAAAGUGGCAUUCAAUUUAAAAAUAUAUUCAAAUUACCAGAGAUACCAAACUAUAUAUUAAAAUCACCUUGUAGUCACAAAACUUCAUAACCUGGCAGAGAAGAUUUGAAAGCUAACACACAAAUUAAAUUGACUGAAACCUAUAUCUUGAUGAUCUUGAUACAAACCACUGUGUCAACACUAGCUCUCAGUAGGGUACUCCAGCAUGCCUAAUUGUAAAUUCAACUUUUUUUUUUGCAGCUACUCAGAUUAUAAAUAGAAUUAUUUUAUGGAAUUAACUAUUGUUACUAAUUUGUUCCUUAUUUAUUAAAUUUAUAUGCUGCCCAUAUCACUAUUCAAAAUGACUCUUGGCAACUUACAAUAAAAGCACAAAUAUAGUGAAGCAAUUGGUAUUCAACUGCUUUAAAAUUCAUCAAAUUCAGUACUUGAUGCAUUUUGAAGCAAACAUGUUCUGGUACUUGAUGCACAAGGUAGAACCUGCUGGCAUUGGCUGCCUCAUGACUCACUUCUUCCAGCUGAAAUAAAGGUCAUGGGGUAAGUCAUGUGAUUUGCUCAGUAUUCAUUUUUACUACUCAUACCUCUAGGAACUGGACAAAUACUGAAGUACUACUGUAUAAAAACUAACAAGAAUUAAAUUAGGAACCAAAUAUAGUUAUGUUAAAAUCCUGUACACUUUCAAACUAAUUUAGGAAAGUUUCCUUGUUCAUAAUUGUGAUACAUCCUUGAAAUGUAAGAUAACAUUAAGGGGGGGAAAUCCACCCUGUUUGUCAAAUUAUAGAAUCUGUUGUAACCCCCCAACACUUAAUUAUAUAAUAAUGCAUUAAAAUAUCUGACAUUUGUGUUCAACAAUUUGCUUCCAAACUGGUUAAAGCGGUAUACUGAAUAACCCAAGCAUGAGAACAUCAUAAAAGAUUAUUCAAUUCAACUUUAUUUUUAAUAAGUAAUAUUUCCUUUCACAAAUAACUUAUACCUUAUUUUAAAAAAUAAAUCACUUUGUCAUUGGGCC